GCUAAAUCAUUAGUGAGAUCUUUCAUCUUUGUAUUCUAACCUGUGAAACAUCUUUGAUCUUGCAGCUUAAAUCAAUUAUUCGCUUUCGAUUAUAUUUUCAGUAAAAUUAAGACUCCGAAACGGAAAACUCCACUCAUCAAUCAUGUCAUCUGAUACAGCUGUAAUUCCAUCCAACCAUCAAAUGGACAGCCCAGAUUUCAUUAGAGACCUGCUGCCUGCUGCAGAGAAGACAGCCCUGCUGUACAAUGUCUCCUACCUGUGCCUGGCCAAAUUCCCCUCUCUGGAGAGAAUCAUCAGAGCCAAUGCUGUUGAGGCCCAAAUGCUCUUCUCCUCCUCUGAGGCUCUACUGCUGCUGUGUGUUAGCACCAGUGACAACAUGGUCAAGACAUUAUUACCUAUGCUGGUGGCUGCUGUAAAGAAAAAUAAACCAGUAGUUGCUGUCAAAUUCCUGGCGAAGGCCAAUCAGUGGAUCCAUGAUCUCAUCAAAGAAGUUGAAAGCAUUGUAGAAGGCUACAAGAAACUCAACAAUGGGGUGGCGACCGUCACCAGCGAUGUUAUUUCCACCAAAGUCGAAACAGAGGACAAGAAGAGAAAGCUGACCCAGGAAGAGGAGAGGCAAAAUAAUAGUGUCAAUGAAUACAAUAGGAAGCUAAGUGACAUCCAGUCAGAUCUGAACGAGGUCAAUAGAAAAAUCGACGAUGCUGAUACAGAGCUGCGUGAGUUGGUUAACGGCAUUGCCAGUAGAAACAAGAAGUUUGGCAUAGCGGCUGCCGUGGUUCCCUUCCUAGGAAUGAUAAUCGAUGCUAUCCAGAAGGGAAUCAAUGACCCUGGUGAUAGUGCGGCCAUUCAGUUGGGCAUGCAGAAGAUGAAUCAUCUUCAGCAGGACAAGACCCGUUUGAGUAGGAACGAGUGGGAGGCCCAAACGUUGCUGAUGAAGUCCCAGAUGGUGCUAUCCAGAGCCACAUUUGAGCUGGGUUCUGUUCCUGAUCCUGUCCAUCUGGCUGAGGUUCAGACCUGCCUGACCCGGAUCCAGCAGAUUCUGCUGCAACUCAAAAGCUUCUGGGAGAAGAUCGGAGUCAUGGUGACCAAUCUGCAGCAGAAGACCUUCGCUGGGGAAGACCUGAUUGAUGUUCUCUCAGAUUUUAAGGAGGAGUUCUUGGAUUCCUUGCAAGUAGCUGAAGAGGCUUGGAAGACGUUUGGAGGGAGAUGCCAGAAAGUCAUGGGUAUGUAUAGUGUCCAGUCCAAGGAUGCCUACAAGUUCCUGGAGACCAACCCAUCCUCUCUCAACCAGCAAGAGUGGCAGGAAAUGUAUGAUGCUGUGACAGCCAAGCUGUAUUCCUUCUACCCUGCCCAGCAGGCCCAGCAGGCCAUUGAUGACCAGCAGGCUGCAGAGAGUAACUAAUGUUUGCAUCCACUGUCACCAGGUUAACAUUAAAUGAGUUUUUUUUGUUUGUCUUAUAUUGACAUUGGUGACACCUAGGAUUUGUGAGCAUAAUCAAUAGUUCACAUGCUGUGUUGGGUAACUUUCCAUUAUUAUGUUGAUUAUUGUUGAUUAUUGUGUUGAUCUUUGAUUAGAGCUAAUCUACUAUGCUAACAGUAUAAUAACAAACUGGCAAUGGUUCAACUAUCUUCUUGGAGUAAACUAAUGUUGUGGGUAGCAGGCAUGUUUGUUAUUUUUCUUUGUGGAGCAAUGGAGUGUUUUAAGGCUUCUGGUCUGCUCAAAGACUUCAGUAGUUCAACUUUGUGCAGAGCUUGCAGGCACAUGAGCUGAUCUACAUAAAUAUGUGUAUGCUACCAUAUUGAUAAGUAAUCAUAUAUAAUCACAAUGUGUGUUUUUGGUAUGUCAGUAUCAGUAUACUAUCAUGUAUAAUUAGUUUUAAUGGCUAUAUUCUCUGCUGCUUAUCUCCUGAAAUCUGUCCCCCAAGAAAACUAAACUAAAUCUAAUCAAAAUCAAAUUAAACUACAAUGUUCUUUGAUGCAUUUUAUUAUGGAAUA